GCCACUGAUUCGUCGUCACAUCCAACAAGUGGCAUUUUCACACGUGAGAACUCACACGCUCGGUUCUGCAUCACUCUCACAAAGUCCAAUAAAAUCACAAUUCAUAAUUCUUUGGGUUCCUUGUUUCAAAAUUCAUCUCUCUCUCUCUCACAUUGAUUCUUAAAGAAUCGCGCCGCUUCUGCUAGAAUCGAAAGAAGAGAGAUCAAGAAAGAAACAGUAAUGGCGGCGUUGUUGUCACCGCCGCGGGGUAACAGCGAUACAGCUUCUUCCGACGAUGAAUCUCUUCUUUCAUCCAAACGCCAAAAGUUGGAAGAUGAAGAAACCUCAACAUCAACCGCCGGAGACGCCACGAUUCAGGCGGCGAAACCACCACGCCACGUAGACUCAGCACCACCGCCGUAUGCUUCUUUUGACGGAUGGACUUAUCAAGAUCGUGUCUUUAAGACCCCGUGGUGUCGAUUGCUAUCACAGUCUGCACAAAAUCGAGACGUUUACAUUGCUAGAUCGUGCUUCACUCUGGGUUCUUGUCUAGCCUCCAACGCAGUAAUACACAGCCAGAAUCUCGGUUCUUUGUUGUGCAAGAUCACAAGAAUUCAGCGCAAUGGAAAUGUUGUAGCGGUUCUAGAUAUCACAGGAACCGGGGGACCUGUGCUGAUUAAUGGAGCACUUCCCCACAAGGGUUUCAGCCAUGUGCUACGCUCUGGUGACGAAUUGGUUUUUGGUGAUUGCGGGAGCUAUGCUUUCAUAUAUCAGCAGAUGCCUAAUGUUGCAGACUCAGCUGGUAUGGAAGAGGUUCCUGCAGGAAAAUUUCUACUGUUAGAGAGAGAGGCAAGAGAUCCAUCAAACCUUUCGAUUUUCGCAUCCCUUGCAAGCUUGAGUCGGGAGUUACGAUUAUCAAGCCGUGCAUCCAUUAUGAGCUGGCAAGCGCCAGAGAAUCCUGCUACUUCUGGGGUCCAAGAAGGCGCAAAGCUUGAAUUUGACGGCAUGGCUGAUAACAAUCAAAGUAAUAAAGCUGCAGACAGCCAUAACCAAGAUUCCAAAAUUGAGAUAUUAGAGGAGAGAAACGAGGUGACAAGGGGUUCACAACUAGCUGCAAAAUUCAAGAAACAUAUUCAAGCUGGUAUUGUAGACUGCGAAAGAUUGGAAUUUUCACUGGAUGAAUUUCCUUAUUAUUUGAGUGAGAGUACAAAGAAUUCUUUACUAGCUGUUUCACAUGUACAUCUCAAAAAGAAGAAUAAAGGAUAUGCCUCCGACUUCACCAAUUUGAACCCAAGGAUAUUGCUUUCUGGUCCUGCAGGGUCUGAAAUAUACCAAGAGAUAUUGGUUAAAGCACUUGCCAAUCACUUCAAGGCGAAAUUGCUAAUAUUUGACAGCCAUCCAAUUUUGGGGGCUAUGACUGCUGAGGAAUUUAAGUCACUGAUGGAUGGACCUGCUUCUAAAAAGUCAUGUAAGCUUCCCAGGCAGAGUUUAGAGCUCAUUGAUGGAGGGAAGAAAUUGGCUUUGUCAACAGGUGAUGGAGAUUCAUCUAGCCCUUCUCCUCCUGCUUCUUCUGGUCCAGACUCAAAGCCUAAGACUUUACCUUGUUCAUUUGGAAAUCCAGUGAAUUGUACUUUGAAGAAAGGUGACAGGGUAAGAUUCUUCAGCAAUGAGUCCUGUCGGGGGCUACCUACCUCAUGGGGACCACCUUCUGGGAUUAGAGGGAAAGUAAUUUUAGUAUUUGAUGAGAAUCCUAAAGCUAAAGUGGGUGUUAGAUUUGAGAAUCCAGUACCUGAUGGAGUUACUCUUGGUGACCUGUGUGAAAUGGGACAUGGGUACUUCUGCAGUGCUACUAAUCUUCAGUUCGAGAGCUCGGGUUCCGAGGAUCUAGAUGAAUUACUUGUUGACAAAUUGUUUGAGGUUGUCCAUGAUGAGAGCGGAACUUGUCCGGUCAUUCUAUUUUUGAAAGAUGCUGAGAAAUUUGUUGUUGGAAAUUCCGAUUUUUGCUCUGCAUUCAAAAGCAAACUUGAAGAUAUCCCAGAUAACGUAAUUGUGAUCGAUUCACAGACGCACUCUGAUAAUCGCAAGGAGAAGGAUAUUGGACAACAACAUGAGCAAGAAAAGGAAGUCCCAACGGCAACGAAACUUCUAACGAAUCUCUUUGAAAAUAAAGUUACUAUUUGCAUGCCACAGGAUGAGGAUCUUCUUACAACCUGGAAGUGCCAGUUGGAUCGUGAUGCUGAGGCUUUGAAAAUGAAGGCGAAUUCCAGUCAAUUGCGCAUGGUAUGUCUUUCAUCUGAAAUCUGAAUAUAUGGUAUCGGUAUACUUUUGGCUGUAUUCUU